AAUAUAGACAUAGUUGAUGUUUCCUUAACUUCUCCGUAACCCUAACCCAUGAAUCAUUUAAAAUUUCUAUAUCCAACAGAAUCCUCACCUUACUAUACUUCUAAGUUUUAAAUACUUGAUAAGUCAUUAGUUAUUAAUAAGCUAGGUGUCAUACUACAAUUGGAUGUUGUCAUACCCUAUUAUUAAUUUACUGAUUCCUUAAAAAUAACAAACAAAAUCUGUCUACAGAUGCAGGACACUCAUAUCCCAUAUCUCCUAGCUCCAUUUGUUACAAUCCAUCAACCACCUCUUAUUAAUUAUCUUCUUUUCUUUUUUCCCCUGCAUUGCCAUCACUUUAAUGAAGGGUUUAUAUUAACUUCUUGUUAUAGUUAAACUAUUAUUUGUUUUUGCUUGUUAUGGGGUUAGUUGAAUCCUUGUUGGAGAAUGAUGCAAGAAAGUUCAUCAAGAGAAAAGAUAGCGAUGCAGGAGAAGCAGUCAAAAUUAUCAGGUCGAGCAUUGGAAGAGCUCAGAAGUUCUCUUUACAAUGAUUUUCGAACUUCAGAAGGAGCCAAGCGGCAACAGCAACGAUUUUGUGGGCCAGUUGUGGCUAUGACCUUCAAUUUCAUGGUGGCCGUGGGGGUUAUUAUGACAAACAAAUUAGUGAUGGGAAAAAUUGGCUUUAACUUCCCAAUCUUUCUCACAUUGAUCCAUUAUACCACUGCGUGGAUUCUGCUUGCCAUUUUUAAGACAUUGUCGCUGCUUCCAGUCUCCCCUCCCUCCAAAAGUACUCCUUUCACUUCACUCUUCUCCUUAGGAGUUGUUAUGUCUUUCGCCUCUGGCCUUGCGAAUGCCAGCCUUAAGCAUAACAGUAUUGGUUUCUAUCAAAUGGCAAAAAUUGCAGUCACUCCUACCAUUGUUCUUGCAGAGUUUGUUCUGUUUAGAAAAUUCAUUUCAUUUAAAAAGGUUUUGUCUCUAGUUAUUGUUUCAGUGGGCGUGGCAAUUGCAACAGUAACAGAUUUACAAUUCAACUUUUUUGGUGCUUGUAUUGCAAUUGCAUGGAUCAUUCCAAGUGCUAUAAACAAAAUUCUUUGGUCAAAUCUGCAACAACAAGCCAAUUGGACUGCUCUUGCGUUGAUGUGGAAGACUACCCCAGUAACAAUUUUGUUUUUAUUAGCAUUGAUGCCAUGGCUAGAUCCACCAGGGGCGUUAUUGUUCCAGUGGAAUUUACACAGCUCAUCUGCAAUUUUCACAUCAGCUCUUUUGGGAUUUCUCCUACAAUGGUCGGGUGCUUUGGCUCUUGGGGCAACAUCUGCAACCUCUCAUGUGGUUUUAGGACAAUUUAAGACUUGUGUGAUUUUAUUGGGUGGCUAUCUACUUUUCAAUUCAGAUCCUGGGUUUGUGAGCAUCGGUGGAGUUAUCAUAGCUCUAUGUGGAAUGUCUGCUUAUACAUCACUCAACUUACAGGAGUCCCGAGAAAAUUCGAUCAACCAACUUCAGAAGCAAACCUUACCUGUAUCAAAAUCCAAAACAGAAUCUAAAGCAGCUAGUGAAGAUACCACAAACUUAGAUGUAACCAUAACCAGUAGUGCAAAUGCUGUCUAGGUAGGAAUGUUUUGUACAAUUUUUGUCUGUGGUUAGAAAGAAUAUACAGUCAUAGGAAUUUUGAUUCAACUAGUGAAGUAUAUGUGGAGAAAAAAAAAAAAAAGAUUUGUCGGUUUAAA